AUGGGAAGUAAUAUUAAAUUUUCGAUUUAGACUCAUGUUUUGAAAAAAGGGCAGUGAUGCCAAAAGAAAAAAGAACUUAUAAAGAAUUGGUAAUCGAGGCUUUAUAAAGUGGACUUUAAAUUUUAGCUUAAACAGAAUGCAUUAGUAAUUGAGAUUUAUUAUCUUAGUAAAUAUUGAUAUUGAUCCUUAAAAUUCUAAAUUAAACGAAAUGAUUAAAUAAGUGUAAAAUUGAAAUGAAUAAUUAGAUUAUUAGAGGAAAAAUAAAAAGAUUCAAAUAUUGAUGAUCUUAGUGAAAUCAGUGAAAGGGAAUAAGAAAACCUUGAUCUUGAGUUAGGAGUAUGGAAAAUUUAGAAACUUAGAAAGAGAUUGUUUCAACAUACUAAUUAUAUUGCUCAUCUAAAAAUAGACACAGAAGUAAAUUUUAUUAUAUAAAAAAAUAGAUUAGUUAAGAAAAUAUGAUCAAGAUAUACAAUGAAUUGUAAAAUAUUUGUUUUCAAUUAUUUUAGAUUUUCAAAACUAGCAUAGAAGAAUAUUUAAUAUGUAGUAAUGCCUUAAAUGUGGAUAAAUGAAUAUUAAUACAAAGUAACAAUGAGAGAAAAUUCAGAUGCCUUAUUUGAUUAAUUAUUCACAUGGAGAAAUUAAGAUUAAAAAUAUAGAGCUACUUUUAUAGUAUUUCAUACAUAAACUGAAUAAGUAAUAUUAAUUAUAUAAAAGGCGAUUUAAAUAGUAGAUUCGUUUUUGAUGAUAUAUAAUUUAUAUAAUCCUGUUAUUGUUGAAAAUCAAUCAUUAUAAUCAAAUAACAUAAACGAUGAAGAUAUGGAUGAAGAUUAAAAAAUGCUUUAAUGA